GUGGUUCGUCGGCGCCGUGCGGUAGCUUGACGCUGACGGAGUGAAAAACAGUUGGAAAAGUACCGCAGGCUGCAGCUGAGCAGGAAAACUGCGGGAGUGAAAGUUGAAGCGGAGUUUAGUGAAUGAAGAUGGACUCUGCGGCGGUGGAGAUAGACGGCAGCGUCAUGGAGGGAGGCGGACAGAUCCUCCGGGUGUCUGCGGCGCUGAGCUGCAUCACCGGCUCCGCCAUAAAGAUCACCAAGAUCCGGGCAGGCAGGAGCACCCCGGGGCUCAGACCGCAGCACCUGAUGGGGCUCCAGCUGGUCUCAGAUCUGUGUUCAGGCGGUCUGCAGGGAGCCAGCAUCGGAUCCACCGACAUCAGUCUGACUCCAGGAAAGAUCCGGUCCGGGAACCACACGGCCGACACGCAGACCGCAGGGAGUGUGUGUCUGCUGCUCCAGGCGGCGCUGCCCUGCGCCCUUUACGCCGACGCCGCCUCACAGCUCUGCUUAAAGGGAGGAACCAACGCAGAGAUGGCCCCUCAGAUCGACUACACUGUAAAGGUCUUUAAACCCAUGGUGGAGCGGUUCGGGGUGCGGUUUGACUGCGACAUCAGAAUGAGAGGCUACUACCCUAAAGGUGGAGGCGAGGUGAUGGUGACGGUGAACCCGGUCAAAGAGCUGCAGCCCGUCACCCUGACGGAGCGAGGAAACAUAACCAAGAUCCACGGCAGAGCGUUUGUGGCCGGAGUCCUGCCCUACAAAUUGGCUAAAGACAUGUCAGCCGCCGCCGUUCGGACCAUCAGGAAGGAAAUCAAAGAGCUCUACAUCAACAUCCAGCCCUUGCAGGAGAAGGACAAGGCCUACGGCAGCGGAAACGGCAUCAUAAUCAUCGCUGAGUCGUCCACAGGCUGUCUGUUUGCAGGCUCGGCUCUGGGGAAGAAAGGUGUGUAUGCCGACAAAAUCGGGAUUGAAGCCGCCGAGAUGCUGCUGCGAAACAUCAGACACAACGGCUGCGUGGACGAGUUCCUGCAGGACCAGCUCAUCAUCUUCAUGGCGCUGGCGAAGGGGACGUCUCGGAUCCGGACCGGCGCCGUGACGCUACACACGCAGACGGCCAUCCACAUCGCAGAGCGGCUCACUCAGGCAAAGUUCACGAUAACAAAGAGCGAAGACGAGCUGAGCAGCAACGUCACCUUCAUCAUCGAGUGUCAAGGAUCGGGCGUGGCCAACGCCAACCUGUAGCUCCUCACCUGCAGCUGCUCCUGACACGGCCGACCCUCCUAGUUUCUGUCGCUCAGGGUUCUUUUUUUUGUUUGUUUCCUUACAAAUGCUGUAAUAAACUAAAUAAUUAAAAUUCUUCCAAACAAACACAA